AUGUUGUGGGAACAGUUUGAAGAUGGGAUUCUGGAUAUCUGCUUGAAGAUCUUAGAUAUGGGUGCGAGUUACCAUCACGGCUCUGAUCGUGACCACUGUUGGCGCAAUGACCCUGUGCAUGUCAGCAUGGUGGUGAAUCACAUGAUAAGCAGCCAUACCACUAACAGUAUCAUGAAGAUUCCAGAAAACAAUGAUUACCUAAAAGGAACAAAGCCAUUUUCCUGGAAUGGAAGUGUCCCUAUUCUGCAGCAGUGGUACAGUGGUAGAUGCAGGCCAGUCAGAUAUGGGUACUGUGGAUCUCUUGCUUCAGUAAUGUGCACAGUGAUGAGGUGUUUGGGAAUUCCAAGCCGUGUUGUCACAAGCUUCUGUUUUCCUUGCUCAAUUGAGAAUCCCCUUGGUAUCAAUGAAAUUUUUGACUCUACUGGUAAAAACCUGUGUGGCAAAGACAAACUAUGGCGAUACCACUGCUGGAAUGAGUCUUGGAUGGCUCGCAGAGAUAUAAAUCAGUGCUGUGGUGACUGGCAGUGUCUGGAUCCAACACCUCUGGAAACAGGCAGAGGUUCAGCUUGCAGUGGUCCUACAUGGGUUCGAAGCAUCAGGGAAGGGGAACUGGACUUGGAUUAUGAUGGUCAUCAUAUGUUUUCUCGAGUAAAUUCAAACUAUGUUGGCUGGCUUUCCCAAAACAAUGCCAAAAGAACAAAAUUUUUCUGUGACACAUGGCCAUGUGGACAACGUCUAAUCACCAAGAGUGUUGGCAGUGAGCAAUUUGAAGAUAUCACUGGAGCUUACAAGUAUGAACUAGGUUCUGUGAAAAACAAAGAAGCCUAUUACCGGGCUUACAGAAGAAUUCACCCAGGAGUUAUCGUCUCUGAAAAACCCAUUUCUGAGUGA